AUGUGUGUUGGACAAGUUUUUGGGGUCAACCAAGACGGCAGCAUCUUCACAAGGUUUGGAUUAUCAUGGACACAGUUGCCAGGCAAACUGAAGCAUGUCACCGUAGGACCUGCAGGAGUCUGGGGAGCCAACAGAGAGAAUCUCAUCUUUAAACUAGUUGGGACUGACUGGGUGAAUGUACCUGGUCUCUUGAAGCAGAUUGAUGCUGGUGGAGACCAGUUUGUGGCAGGAGCAAAUCAUGUCGAUGCAAUCUACUGUCUUCCAAAGAAGAACACAGUUGGUUACAGUGGAAGUAAUAGUGCUUUGAACUGGCGCCAAAUUCCUGGUGGCCUGAAGUACUACAGCUGUGGUCCUUAUAGCUGCUGGGGUGUUAACAGUGCUGAUCACAUCUUUGUGAGGAAGGGGGUGAACUCCUUUAAUUGUGAGGGGGACGGUACCUGGCAGAAGGUUCCAGGAAGCCUGUCUAUGAUCGAGGUGGGAAGUGACGGAUCUGUCUAUGGAGUGAAUUCUGUAGGAGACGUGUUCCGCAGGGAUUCCACCUCUGCUUGUCAACCUGAAGGUACCGGCUGGACCAACAUUCCUCUCUACAGCGGCCAGGUGAAACAUGUGUCCUAUGAUCUGGGCCAUCUUUGGCUCAUCCUGAAGAAUGAUGCCAUCUACGACUGCACUGAGCACUGCUCUUACAGAGGCAGCCCUCCUUGGAAAACCCUGCAGCUUAAUUUCUUAAUCAUUACGCACCCUUUAUUUUUUGAUCUUCCAACAAAUCCUUAA